GCGCCGGGGAUGCGCCGGGGAUGCGCGGAGCCGCACCGGGACCCGCAGUGCCCAGCCCACGCCGUGGUUGCCACAUCCCCGCGCUGCAGGAAGGGGUUAGCUGUGGUUAUGGAGUUCUCUUAGGCCAAGCAGCGCCGGCAUCUCCUGUAAAGUUUUCCCACCCCAAAGGCAUCGGGAGCUCAGUUGGAGGGCUGGAGGGAGGACUGUCAGAAGAGCUGAGUAUGUGAUGGACAUACCAUGAAGGACACAAGGCUCUGGGUGAUGAUGAGCUGCAGAUGAACACAGUGUUUGCCUCAGAGGAUGGAUGUGAGUGAGAAUAACAUUUGUGACACAGGGGGGAAGCAUUCAAAUUAUCCCAGGAAGGCCACCAAGCAGGCGGGCCACGGCUGUAGCCUGCAGAGGGAGGUGGACAUGAAUUACUCCUGCAGUCCUGGAAACUCUGCUGGACCCGCAGGAAAGCAGGAGCUUCCUGCACAGCUGCGGUGUGCAGACAAAGAAACCUGUGACACCUACUGCCAGAAACAAGGUGAGAGUCCAGAUGGGGAGCUUGACGCCUCCAGCACCAGCUUCCACCCGCAGAGAGAUGAGGAUUUAGAUCAGUGUUCUUCUGAGCGCCCCAGGAAGCCACGGACGAUAACAAAACUCCGUGAGGACAGCGGAAGCGCCGCUCUUGGGGAAGUGUUUGGUGAGGACCUGGAGCCGGUCCCCGAGGAAGCUCUUCCCUAUCGAUGCAAGAAGUGCGGCUCCUCUUUCCGCGGCGUGAGCGAGCUGCAGGAGCACCGGCAAGCUCACCCGCUGGAGAACUCCUACCGCUGUCCCAUCUGUGCCAAAGCCUUCUCCCGCGCGGCCAACCUGCGCAUGCACAAGCUCAUCCAUUCCAGCGAGAGGCCGCACAAGUGCCCGGAGUGCGACAAGGGCUUCAUCCGCACGGCCGACGUCUGGAGGCACCUGCGCAACGUGCACAAGAUCGAGCGCUCCAUGGUGAUCCUGGCCAACGGCAUGGCCAGGAACCCCUGGUCCGUGGUGCACCGCAGCCAGCGCAACGUGGAGUGCCUGGAUCAGGCUUGUCCUGGAAACCAGAAGUCUCAGGAAGACGACUUCAAACCUUACGCCUGCCCGACGUGCGGCAAAGGCUUCGAUAAGCCCAACCUGCUGUCCAAGCACAAGGUGAUCCACCGGGAGGACAAGCCCUACAAGUGUCAGGAGUGUGGCAUGGCGUUUGUGCAGCUGCUCAGGCUCAAGAGACACCAGCAGACUCACUCUGGGGCACGGCCCUUCUAUUGUGAGGAGUGUGGGGGGACCUUCACCCGGCUGGCAUCGCUCCAGCGCCAUCACCGCAUCCACACCGGAGAGAAGCCCUACUCCUGUAAUUUCUGUGGGCAUUCCUUCACUGAGUCAGGGACCCUACGGAGGCACGAGCGCACUCACAAGCUGGACAAACCUUAAUUCGAGGUCUCUGUGGUUGCUUUGUACCUGAACGAGGUCUGCUCAGUCGGGCUGGAAAAGCACCCACUGCCCAGCAGUGGCUGACAGGGAAUGCUGCAUCACAGGGAGCUCUGGAACUUGUACUGGGAAGGAUUGCGCUGCCUUGCUUUAAACUGCUUUGUAUGAGAAAAUAACCUAAUUACCCCUGAGUAAUGAAAUGGGAGAUUUGAGGAGACUGAAACUGCUCGCAUGUGCUUGCGCUGUCUCUGCUGGACUGGCGAUGCAUCCGCUCGAGCUUUGUGCAGGAUGUGCAAGCACAGGCCGUGAGAAUUCACUGGAUAAAUUGGCUCUGCCCUCUUGAGUGUGAUGGCUCUUUGGCAUUGGGUUUGAAGAUCUGUUAUCUUGCUAAGUUAGAACAGUCCGGAGUUGUCCCUCUAUCCCUUCCUUCCUUGCAUUUUGCUGAGUUUUUCUUUCUGUUACAAUUCUUUUUAUUUGGAAGGGGAAGUAUCAUGCUGAUUAUUAAAAAACAAACUCCACCUACAAACCAGUUCCUCAAUAAACACAUUUACUAGCUGUA